AAUUAUUAUUUGUGCGUUGUAAGCACUAGUAAGCAGUUUGUAGUAGUGGCAAGUCGAUUGGAUUUAGAGGAUGACCAAGUUUAAUCUGUAAUCUGGAUGAAUAAUCGAGUCUCGGGGUCUCUCUGGGCGUGUUUCUUUAUGGAUCUUGUCAUAUAUUCAGCAUAGAUUGUGUUUUGGAAAUCAAGCAUAAAUAUCUUCAAUCUUCUUGCAAGAUUUAUAUUGGAUAUCUUAAUUGCAGUUGAAUUGAAAAAUGGCCCAUGAAUCACUGCGACAAUCGAGGCCGAGAACUUACGGGAGUACGAUGGAUGCAGAAAUUGGGUUUGCGGGACCUGCUUCCUCUGCAGAAAUGUUUGACCAACCAGCCUUCAAUCGACUAUGUGAUAAAAUUACCUCUAACGUAUACCAAAUUGCUAAACAUGCCACUAAUUUGGAGAGGACAUUGAAGACAAUUGGAACUCAAAAUGACACGGAUACCUUGCGGGACUCGGUUCACACUGUGACGACAACCGCACUCCAGUCCAUUGGGGAAACAACGGCAACUCUGAAAAAAUUGACCGCAAUGGUUCAGAACUGUAGUGCUGCAGAAAAGAAGCAGGAAAAGCUGCGAGUUACAAAGUUAACCUCUGACUUUAAGCUUGUUGUCCAGAAGUUUACAGACACGCAGAAACAAAUUGUUGCCAAAAUGAAAACCACAACCCCAACUAAUUCUGGAUUUUUAGAAAGUUCAGAGGAUCAGAAACAAUCACUGGUGGAUGCUGAAGCAACUCAGCAAGCCCAACUUCAGUACCAGCGGCAUCUGGAAUUUGAACACGGUCUGUUAAUCGAAAGAGAAAAUAGAGUUCGCCAAAUCGAAGCUGAUAUUGUGGAUGUAAAUGACAUAAUGAGAGAACUCGCGACUUUAGUCGUAGAACAAGGAGCUGUUGUUGACUCCAUAGAAGGUAAUAUUGAUGAAACGUACACUCAAGUGGAAACUGGUCGAGCGGAACUUCAGAAAGCAGAGACGCUUCAGUCCAAGUACAGGAAGAGACUUUUUUGUCUACUUGGAGGUGGUCUCAUCAUCUUGAUAAUCGUGAUAAUCGUCCUCGUCACCCAGUUGAAAAGUUAGAGACAUUCCGUCCAGAGUUGUUUGUACUAUUCGUGAGUUACGCAUUACCUAUUAUCGUAAGAUAAACCUGUAAUCCGUAAAUGACUCUUGAAAAUUUAAUAUUUAUAUUACAAAAUCUAGUAAUUAGAUGCAUUUUCUUUUUGGCUAGUUUAAACGACUAGUAAGUUAUAUAUUUUAGUGUAUAGUUCAUCUUGAUUUACUAUUAUUACCACCAUAACUAAAUCAAUAGGCAUGGAGUUUUGCAUGGAGUUAUUAAUAAAAUGUGCUUUCCAAAAUUA